AUGCCUAACCCCAGUGAAUUAGAAAACGCAAAUCAGGCGGCAUCGGCAAGUGCCGCCGUCAAGCUUCCGGAUUUUUGGAAAAAUGAUCCGGUGAUGUGUUUCGCCCAGGCGGAAGCACAGUUCGCGCUUGUCAACGUCGUUCGCGACCACACGAGGUUUUACCACAUCAUCGCCAAGAUCGACCAUUCGGUAAUCUGUCACGUAACCGAUUUGGUUAGCAAUCCGCCAAACGAGAACAAAUACGACGCAGUAAAAAAUCGUCUGAUUGCAAGAUUUCAAGUGUCUGCGCAAGGCAGACUCGAGCGGCUGCUAUGUUCCUGUGACUUAGGUGAUAUGCGGCCGACUCACUUACUCGCAAAGAUGCAAGAGCUGGCCGCAGGAUUAAACGUAACAGACGACUUAUUGAAGAUGCUUUUUCUUCAAAGAAUGCCACCUAACGUUAAAGCAAUCCUUUCUAUCAGCGACGGUACAACCAGGAAACUAGCGGAGAUGGCGUAUAAAAUGUUAGACUCCCCAACCAGUCAUACUGCGGCCACGUCAAGUGAUCCGGAUGUCAACAACGUGAACGAGUACAACGAUAUGCGGAACCAAAUUGCGGUUCUCACGGCCGAGAUACGGCAUAUGCGAGCGUCACGGAGGGAUUCACAACGCACUCGUUCGGCGUCUAGAUCGUCAAGAGAAGAGGAAAUUGGUUGGUAUCAUCGCAAGUAUGGCGGACGCGCACUAAAAUGCCGAGAAUCCUGCAAGUAUAACCACUCAAAAAACUAUCAUCAAUUGUUCAUCCGGAGCGACGGGGGUGAACGAUUCAUUUACGAGACGCCGCAUAUUUCUUCACAACCGCACGAACAAUUUUAA